AUGCAAUUCAUGGAGAGUAGAAACAACGUGACAGAGUUUGUACUACAGGGGCUUACGGAGAAUCCAGAAAUGCAGAAAGUCAUAUUUGUUGUGUUUCUUGUCAUCUACAUCACUGCUGUAGUAGGAAAUGUGGUCAUUGUGGUCACCAUUGUCACCAGUCCAUUGUUGGGUUCCCCCAUGUACUAUUUCCUGGCCAAUCUCUCCUUUAUAGAUGCCUGUUAUUCCUCUGUCGAUACUCCAAAACUAAUUGUUGAUUCACUCCAUGAAAAGAAGACCAUCCUAUUCAAUGGAUGUAUGACCCAAGUCUUUGGGGAACAUUUCUUUGGAGGUUCUGAGAUCAUCCUGCUUACUGUGAUGGCCUAUGACCGCUAUGUGGCCAUAUGCAAGCCCUUGCACUACACAACCAUCAUGAACCGGCAGUUGUGUGCACUUCUUGUGGGGGUGUCAUGGUUGGGAGGUUUUCUUCAUGGAAUCAUACAGAUCCUCUUCACAUUUCGAUUACCCUUCUGUGGCCCCAACAUCAUAGAUCACUUCAUGUGUGAUCUGAACCCUUUGCUCAAACUUGCCUGCACUGACACCCACACUCUAGGGCUUUUUGUGGCUGCUAACAGUGGGUUCCUCUGCAUGUUAAACUUCCUCCUCUUGCUGGUCUCCUAUGUGGUCAUCCUGCACUCCCUAAGGAACCACAGCUUGGAGGGGAGGCGCAAAGCCCUGUCCACCUGUGUCUCCCACAUCACAGUGGUUGUCUUGUUUUUCGUGCCUUGCAUAUUUGUGUACAUGAGACCUCCAACUACUCUACCUAUUGAUAAAGCAGUUGCUGUAUUCUAUACUCUCAUAACUCCCAUGUUAAAUCCCUUAAUUUAUACUUUCAGAAACAAUCAGAUGAAAAAUGCUAUGAGGAAACUGUUCACCAGAGCAACUAGGAAAGAA